AUGGAGGAACAGGGCUGCUCUUUCAAACAAGAGACAAGAGCAGUUUCUGCAGUUGCUCUGCAGGAUCAUAUAAUGCACAAUCAUCAGCUGCAGGAUGUUUUAACAUAUUCUUCUAAGUCAAGGACAAGGAAUACCAAGAACUUUUACAAAUCCCAUGAAUAAAAGAAAUAAUCAGGAAAAAUAGUAGAUAGUAGACUAAGAGAAAAAGCAAAAAGCAAAGAAGAUGCAAAAAAGGAGAAUCUUCCUGACCCCAGUGCUCCACAGCUGACAUUAGAUCAGAAAUCAGGAGUAGUUGAGCACCCUACCUUGUCAUUUCCUGCUGAAGAAUGGGUAAAAGAGAGGUCCACAGAGCAUGGAAAAUCCAUACAGUGUUGUCCAAUAUUCAGGAAGCAAUUUCCAAUUGGUACAGGAUGCCUGAAAACCUUUGAAAAAUUUACAGGUAAAAAUUGUCCUAUGUAUAGAAAAGAGCAGUAUCAGACCGGAGUAAUACAUGAUGGGAAUUGUGUCUUAGAGAAUUUAAGCUUCCUGAAGGGAUAUACGGUUAGAAAAAAGUCUAAAGACUUAAGGGAAGCAGUGCCUCCUAAGGACAGAAAAUUAAGAAAGCAACUAUUUGAUAAAACGUUUUGCUGUAUUUGCUUCCUUGGUCUUUUUCCUUGGGGUGAUUCAGCUUCCUUAAACCAGAACUCCUGA